UGAAGACCGGACCAGAUACAGCUUAAAUAAAAACAGUUUUCUAAUUAAUAUCCCAUUGCCAUUCGGUGGAAGAUCAUCCCAUGACAGAAGGGUGCCACAGACUGUUAAAACACCUCCUCUGGUAAUGGAGUCAAUGGGAAUAAGUGUGCCAUCUCAGGAACACAGAAUCCCAACAUUUACUGUUCCAGAAUCCUAUCCUCUAAUGUGCCUUUACUGUGUGCCUUUACUUGGCACUUUAGAGGUCUCUGCUAAUGUGUACAGCAACUAUUACAACUGGACCGCAGCGUACACUUUGGCUAAUAGCACCACAGAGAAGGCAUCCAGCAUAAGAACUACUUAUACCACGAAAGCUGAUUCGAUUUUUGAGCUACUUUCCUACAGUGUGAAAGGUUCUGGAGAAGCAUCAUACAGUAGAAAUGGAUUCACCUGUGCAUAUGAAAAUCACCUGAAGCACAGACUCUUAACAUCAAAUUUUAAAUUGGCCAGGACAAAGAGUUAUGAUCCUAGUCCAGUUGCAAACUACACCGUGUCACUGAUGGCAUCCAGUACUCUGGGUCCUCAGCUUUCAUUUUCCGGUGAUGUUGUUUCUGAAAAGACAAAUAAUGUAAAUAUCAAUAACGUCAAGAUGGAAGGACAGCUGGAAGUGGCUUCUGUCUUUGCGAGAAGCAUUUACACUCUGUCAAGCUCGUACAAUGAAAAGAGACGAGUUUUAGAAGGAAAAUCAAAUCUGAAGUUGGAUUCUUCUUACCUACAGGCUACCAAUCAGGUAUCUGGCAGAUACAGUGAUGAUUUGUUUUCCAUUACUUCAGUUUCUGAUGUACAAAGUGGACUAUUAAAGAACACGGCUUCACUGAAGUAUGAAAACAGCCAGCUGAAAAUGACAUCUGAAACAAAUGGGAGGUAUCGACAUAUUGCAGGUGUCAAUAAGCUGGAGUUAAUUUUGUCAAGGAAGAUGGCAGCACUUCGAUCCGAGUACCAAGCCACUUACAAGCAAAGCCAGUAUUAUGCCUUGUUUGCAGGUUCUCUCAAUUCCCAGGAUCUUGUUUUCAACACUGAUAUUUCUAUGACUGAUCAAAGGAAUCGAGCUGCACAUAAGUCAUCACUUAAUGUAAAUCAGUAUGGUCUAGCCAGCAGCGCAACCACAAAUGUGCAGUUUAGUCCAUUGACAAUGCAGAGUGAAAUGAAUGCCAAACUUGAUACUGCUGGAGGCUCCAUGUCACUGUCAUCUUCUGGGCGCUAUGGUAAAAACAAUGCAAAAUUCAAUCUAGGUGGAAGGGUGAGCCUAACAGAAAUAACACUGGGAACUGAAUAUCAGAGUACAGUUCUGGGUAUGGACAACAAACAUGUUUUAAACUUCAGAGUUAACAGAGAAGGACUCAAGUUUUCAAAUAAUUUGCAAGGAUCAUUCAAAGAGAUUAAGUUGGAGUACACAAAUGAUUUGAAUAUUCCUGGCUUAUCCUUAACAUUUGCUUCGAAGUUAGACAACAGCUUCAGCUUUGACAAGUUCCAUAAGCAUGUUUUUGACCUACAACUGCAGCCUAGCUCACUUACAGCUAAACUGAGCAAUAAUAUUAAAUACACUAAAACAGAAGUUUCCAACAAAGCUGAACUGCUUCUCGAACCUCUGAAGCUGAACUUGGGUGGCAAUGUCAGAGGAGCCUAUGGAGCAGAUGAAAUCAGGCAUACCUACACCAUUGCGUAUGCUGACCUAGCUGCAAAUUUUAAAACAGAUACAGUCGCAAAUGUUCAAGGUGCAGCAGUGAGCCACAGAGUUAAUCUGAACGUGGCAGGCCUUGCUUCCUCAGUUACUAUGAACACAAACUGUGAUUCCAGAUCUCUCCGUUUCAGCAAUUCUGUGCGUUCCACUAUGGCCCCAUUUGCUAUCACUGCUGACGUACAUACCAAUGGUAAUGGAAAGCUAGUUGCUAUGGGUGAACACACAGGAGACCUCUACAGCAAAUUCCUGUUUAAAGCAGAGCCUCUUGCUUUCACCUUCUCCCAUGAUUACAGAGGAUCUACCAGUCAUAGCUUGAAGUCUAGAGGAAGAUACACUACGCUGCUUGAUAACAAAGUUCAUAUGCUUUUUACUCCAUCAGAGCAGUCAAGUGCUUGGAAAUUGAAAAGUCAGCUAAACAAUAAUGUAUAUUCACAAGAUCUCAGUGCUUACAACGAUGCAGAAAAGACUGGUGUGGAGCUUAGUGGGAGAGCUUUAGCAAAUCUCGCUGUAAUGGACACAUCAGUCGUAUUACCAUUCAUAUCUGAAGAAGUUAAUUUAAUUGAUGUAUUGGGCCUCAGGGGCAGCGUGUCAGAGCCUCAGGAAUUCAGCAUCUCUGGCUCAGUGAAGUAUGACAAAAAUAAAGAUAUGCAUGUUAUUAACCUACCAUUCUUGGAACAUUUGCCGCUUUACUUUGAACAAAUCAGAGGCACCAUUCUGUCCAUGCUGCAGGCCAUCCAAAGUUACCUGAAGAACAUUAACAUAGAACAACAUAUGAGAAAAUACAAGGCAACUUUGGAUCAACUCCCACAGCACAUUAAUGAUUACAUGGAUAAAUUAGAUAUGAAAGGCAGAGUUAGCAGCAUGAAAAAUAAUUUGGUUGCUUUCGCAAAGGACUACAGAAUAACAUCUGAUGAUCUCCAAAUUAUGCUGGAAAAAGCCAUGGUCAAUCUUCAAGAAAUACUAUCCCAGCUGCAAGUCUAUCUGAUACAAGUUGAGCAAUACAUCAAAGACCAUUAUGAGCAGUAUGACAUUAAAGCACUUAUUGCACAGCUUCUUGACCAAAUAGUUGAAACAAUGACAGCUCUAGAUAACAAAUAUAAGAUAAGAACAACUGUAGUUGAAACUAUUCAAAGAUUGCAAAUUUUUUUUCAACAGUAUUAUCCUAGCAAAAUUGGAAGCAGCACUUUGGCCUGGGUUAAAAAUGUAGAUGAGAAGUACAGGAUUACAGCUAGGUUUCAGGAAAACCUAGAACAACUCAAGAUUCAGGUUCAGAAUAUUGACGUCAGACGCAUUGCAGAAAAUUGGAAACAGCAGAUUGAAAUGUUUGAUGCUAAAGAAGUUUUAGAGAAAUUGAAGCAUUCAUUGCCAAUUGAAAAAAUUAAGGACAUUCUUGAACAAAUCAAAGACUUUAUUCUAAAUUGGAUGGAAGAGUAUGAAGUGUCUGAGAAGAUCAGUGCUUUCCGAGGUCAUAUGCACAAAUUGAUUGUAAAAUACGAAAUUGAUAAGCAGUUACAUUUUUUAAUGGACAGAGUGAUAGACCUGCUUAACCAGUACAGAAUAAAAGAAACAAUACAGAAACUGAUCAUCUACCUGAAAAAUAUUGAUGUGAAGUCAUGCUUUGAUAAAGCUGUUGCUUUUAUUGAUGAUGCUGUCAAGAAAGUGCAAACCUUUGAUUAUGAAAUGAUGAUAAAGGAAGUCAACAAGUUCCUUGACAUGGUUAUUAAAAAGCUCAAGUCUUUUGACUAUAACCAGUUUGUUGAUGACACAAAUAACAAAAUCCUAGAAAUGACCCAGAAAAUAAAUGAGGAACUCAGAAAUCUAGAACUUCCACAGAAAGCAGAAGCACUGAAACAGUAUCUGAGAGAUUUUAGAGCCGUUAUUUCAAAAUACAUAGAACAACUACGGGACACCAAGCUUGCUGCAAUAGUUAACUGGUUCAAGGAGCUCAUAAACUCAACAACAUUUGCUAAUCUGAAAGCCAAGGUAAAUGAACAUCUGGAAGACCUGCGAGAGAGGAUUUCUGAAAUGGAUAUUUCCCAAGAAUUCCAGUGGUAUCUUCAGAAGAUAAGCCAAUUCUACAAUUCUGUUGUAAUACACAUUUCUGAACAGUGGAACAUAGCUUUUAAGAAAAUUGUUGCUUUGGCUGAAGAGUAUGAUCUGAAAAAUUGGGCUGAAAAUUUAAACCAGUUUGUUGAAACAGGAUUUAAAGUCCCUGAAAUCAGAACUGUUAUAGUCACUAUACCUGCCUUGGAGGUUAGUCUCCGAAGUCUUCGGGAAGCAACAUUUAGAACACCAGACUUCAUUGUUCCACUGACUGAUCUGCAUAUCCCCUCCUAUGAGAUAAAUAUUAAGAGACUAAAGGACAUGAAAAUCCCAGUGAAAUUUACUACCCCAGAAUUUACCGUUCUAAAUACCUUUAAAGUUCCUUCCUGCACAAUUGACUUGAAUGAGAUUAAACUUCAGAUUAUGAGAACAAUAGACAAACUCACGUCUGGUGAAUUUCAGUUGCCAGCAAUUGAUUUAUAUUGUAAAGAUCUGAAGAUGAGAGAUGUGCCUUUUUCUAACAUUUCUUUCCCAGAAAUACAAAUGCCUCAGUUUCAAAUACCAGAAUUCUUGGUUCCAAAGCUAAAUCUAAAUGAGCUCCAGAUUCCUAACAUGAAGAUACCAGAGUUCCAGCUUCCACGUAUCCCACAUACUGUGACUGUCCCUAUGUUUGGCAAAUUGUCUCGUGCUUUCAAAGUCAUCUCUCCAUUCUUUACGCUGUCUACACAAGCUGAGGUUCAUAAUACUACAACAUCUGUAAACAGUCCAGAAUUUGUGACGUCCCUUUCAGCUCAAACAACAUCCAAAUUAGACUUCCUAGUUUUUAGUGUUAUUGCAGAUUCAUGUCUCUUGGCCCCUGAGAUGAAGCAGCUGAACCUUAAAAAUUCCAUGAAGGUCAACCACAGGUUCCUUCAAGUUGAUCACACCAAUGAAGUGAUAUUUUUAGGGACUUCGGUAGAAGGUGAAGCUGAAACUAGAGCAAACUUAUAUACAACGAAAAAUUCAAUAGAACUACAGAAUAAUUUAAUGGUCAAGCUGCAAAGAAAAAUUUCGAUAUGGAGUGGAACGGCAUAUUCCCACAGACUGAAUAUUCCACAAGCUGAUUUCUUCAGCCAGGCUGAUCUAGUCAAUAAUGUGACAACAGAAGUAAAUGCAGGACUCAUAUCACUUACAUCCACUGGUAAAGGAAACUGGAAAUGGGCUUCUCCUAGUUUCUCUGAUGAAGGCACUCAUGAUUCACAUGUCACUUUCAGGUUUGAUGGUCCCAUUAUUACAUUUUCUGCCAACAACAGAAUAAAUGAUAAGUACCUGAAAGUCAACCAAGCUGUGAGAUGUGAAUGUGCUUUCCUAAAUUAUGCAACACUUCAGAUUCAGUCUGAAAUUGAGUCUCAGCGUGUGGGACGUAGUGUUCUCAAUAUAAAAGGCACAGCACAGCUUGGAGGAAUGAAAGUAGAAUUAACAGGCUCUCAUAAUGCUCAGCUCAAUGGGCGGAUUACUGGAACUGUAAAUAAUGAGGUUUUCUUCUUGGCACAGCCUUUUGAAAUUCGUCUACUAACAAACAAUGAUGGAAACAUGAAAAUCAGCUUCCCAAUGAAACUGACUGGCAAAAUUACUGGAAUCAAAACUCCUCAGCUAAAUUAUUCAUUCUGGGAACAGGCAGGCCUGAAGCAUUUAUUAAAGACAACACGACAAUCCUUUGACUUAAAUUUGAAUGCUCGGUAUGAGAAAAACAAAGACAUGCACGUAAUCCCACUUCCUUUAGCAACAGUGCAUGAAGCACUUAAUAAAUACAUCAUUUUCUUCAAUAAACAUUUUGAGAGAGGAAGAAACAUUGCUUUGGAUUUUCUCACGAAGUCAUAUAAUGAAGCCAAAACAAAAUUUGACAAAUACAAAAUACAGACAUCACUGAACAAACUACCACGCACCUUCAGGAUUCCAGGAUAUACCAUUCCAAUUGUGAAUAUUGAGGUUUCUCCUUUUACCGCUGAGAUGCCAGCCUUUGGUUACAUGCUCCCAAAAGAAAUAAGCACAACAGGAUUCACAGUUCCAUUUAUUGGCUUUUCAGUACCCUCUUACACACUAGUCUUACCUUCUCUGGAGCUUCCAGUUCUUCACGUCCCACAGGAUCUACGCACUCUAAAGCUUCCUAGAUUCAGAAUCAGCAGCUCGUCAAACCACAUCUUAAUUCCUGCCAUGGGAAAUAUUACUUAUGACUUGUCAUUUAAAUCCAGUGUGAUCACUUUAACUGCAAAUGCCGGGCUGUUCAAUCAGUCAGAUAUUGCUGGGCAACUCAGUGUCUCAUCCUCUUCUCUCUUUGAUGCACUGCAGUUUAAGCUGGAUGGUUCAACAAGUUUGACAAGAAAAAGGGGAUUGAAGCUGGCCACAGCGUUGUCCCUGACCAAUAACAAAUUUCUAGGAGGAAAUCAUGACAGCACUAUUAGUCUCACAAAGAGGAAUUUGGAAGCUUCAGUGGCAACAAAUGCAGAAAUCAACACACCAGUUUUAAAAAUUAAUUUCAGCCAAGAACAUUUUGGAAAUACUAAGUCUAAACCACCUCUUUCCUCAGGGCUAAAAUUAAUGUAUGAUUUUAAUACUCCUAAAUAUGGCACCAGUGCUAAGGGAAGAAUUGCUCACAAACUAGCAUUAGAGAGCCUUACAUCUUACAUAUCAGUAGAAGCUUCUACAAAUGGGGAUAUUGACGGAGUAUUUUACACUGGAAAUGCAUUUUCUGGAAGUCUAGACCAUGAGGCAAACACCUAUCUGAAUGCUAAUGGAGCUCGAUCAUCUCUUAAGCUUGAAGCCCACUCCAAAGUGGAUGGACUCUGGAAUGGUGAAAUGAAAGAAAUACUUGCAGUUGAAGCAUCUACCCAUCGUGUUUAUGCAGUCUGGGAUCACAAUGGGAGGAACUAUGCACGAUACACACCUCUUUUCACAACAACAGGGUCUCAGAGAUGCAAAGCAACCGUAGAGCUGACUCCUUGGGCUAUGUCAGCAGAUCUUCAUAUUCAAGCCACUCAGCCAAAUUCCUUCCUGGACACAGCCUCAGUUAAUCAAGUUGUCAUAACGAAAAUCAGUACUGCAAACCAGAAAGUUGCCUGGAAGGGUAAAGGCCAAAUUCAGUCAUUAUCUGUCAGUCAUGAUAUGCAGUUAUCAAAUGAAAAAUCAAAGGCAAAGUUUGAUAUUUCUGGGUCUUUGGAAGGAUACAUGGACUUCCUCAAAAACAUAAAGUGUCCUAUUUCUGAGAAGAGCUUAUGGGAUAUCUUGAAGUUGGACGUCACUACCAGUGUUGACAGAAAACAGUACUUAAAUGGUUCGGCAUCCCUCGUGUACACAAAGAGUGAGGAUGGUUACUUUUUCCCCAUACCUGUGAAUAAGCUGACCGAUGGCUUCACUUUCAGGAUUCCUGAGUUACACCUAAAGGCUCCAAGCCUUGUUCUCAGCACUCCAGAGUUCAGAGUUCCUUUCACCACUCUCCAGGUCCCAGCAUACACCGUUGACUUGCGCAGCAUAAAAAUUCCACAGACACUAAACACAAUGCCAUUUGAUGUCAAUUUACCCACACUGCCAAAAUUAAGAUUCCCCAAAGUGGAUGUAGGCACCGAUUAUAUUACAUUAGAAGAAUAUAAAAUACCAUAUUUUGAGGUGACAAUACCUGAAUACCAAAUAACUGUGUCUCAAUUCACUCUUCCAAAGAGUAUUUCUCUUGGCAGUUUUCAUGUAGAUCUGGAUGAAGUAGCUAAUAAGAUUGCAGAUUUUGAUCUGCCUACAAUUACAAUUCCUGAACAGAAAAUUGAGAUCCCUCCUCUCAAAAUAUCCUUGCCUGCUGGAAUUUACAUCCCAUCAUUUGGUGCCUUGACUGGAUCUUUCAAAGUUGCUUCCCCUGUGUACAAUGUCACCUGGAGAACAGACUUGGCAAACAAAAAGGACUCUUUUGAACAGUCCAUUGAUUCUACCUGCAGCUCAACAUUGCAGUUCCUGGAAUAUGACUUGAAUGUUGUUUCAAACUACAAGUAUGAAGAAGGCAUGUUUGUUAUGAAAACAACUGGCAGCUUUUCACAUCGUGACAUGAGCGCAAACUACAAGGAAGAUCUUACUGUUUCGGGAAUUAGAGUCAUGGACAACACUGUAUCGCUAGACAUCAUCAGCCCAGCUUUUACAGACGUUCAUAUGCGUUAUCAAGAGACUGACAGGAGGUUAUCCGGCUCAGUAUCUUCACCCUCUGCAGGGACCUUGGGAUAUCUCAUUGAAAUGGACACUGACAUUCUCACGGCAAAAGUUUACUACCGAACUCAGUCUGCUCCUCAGAAGGACAUCGACAUAUUAAAAAGUGAAAUAUCCUUCAAGAAACCUGAGCAGAUUCAAAUGAAAUUCAACUGGAAAGAGGAUGCUGCCAAAGACUUGCUGUUGGGUCUAAAAGAAAAAGUAUCUAAAAUGACAAAUGCAGGUUAUAGGUAUGUUAAUCGAUAUCAUAAGGAGCAUAUGGGACUGGAAAUUAGUGCUGCCACCUUAAAAAUGAAGAAUAUCAUUCAGAAUAAUGCUGACAAAGCAUACACAUUUGCUGUAAAACGAAUAGAUCAAAUAGAUGCUCAGCUUCGCACAGCUGCUAAUGAGGCCUCUGGCAAAUAUCAAGAGAUGAAGGUCAAAGCUAAACAGCUGUAUCAAGAAGCAGCAGAUCAAGCUGAACAGUUUGACUAUCAAAGAAUAAAAGCAAAGCUUUUGGAUGCUACAAUUCAUGUAAUAGAAGAGUAUCACAAGAGAAUAAAACACCUAAUUGACUCAGCCAUUGAAUUCCUGAAGACCACAAAAUUCCAGGUCCCUGGGCUGUCUGAAAAGUACACUGGUGAGGAAAUAUACCUGAUGACUACAGAGAAGGUAGCAAAAAGUGCUGAUUUAUGUCUUUCAAAACUUCAGGAGUAUUUUGAUGCCUUGAUUACAGCUAUCAAUGAGCUGGAAGUCAGAGUUCCUGCUUCUGAAACAAUUCUUAGAGGUCGUAAUGUACUUGAUCAAAUUAAAGAAAUGCUGAAACAUUUGCAGGAAAAAAUCAGGCAGACAUUUGCUACUCUCCGGGAAGCUGACUUUGCAGGAAGGCUUAAGCAGCUGAAACAAGUAGUGCAACAAGUUUUUCAGAAGGUAGAAGAAAUGGUUAGAAGCUUGCAGUCCAAAAAUUUUGAAGACAUCAAAGUCCAAACACAACAGCUGUACAAAGAUGCAAUGGCUUCAGACUAUGCACAGAAACUGAGAUCCUUGGCAGAAGAUGUUAAAAAAUACAUUUCUCAGUUUAAAGAUUUUAGUCAGAAGACGUUCCAGGACCUCUCAGAAAAGCUGCGCCAGCUGCUCCUCUAUGUAAAGGCAUUGUGGGAGGAAUAUUUUGAUCUAACUACACUUGGAUGUUCGGUGAAAUACUACGAGGUGGAAGACAAGAUACUAGGAUGGCUGAAGAAUCUAAUAGAUACACUAGUGGAUUGGCACAACAAGUAUAUUGGAGAUCUUGCUGACUCAGUUACACGCCUAACAGACCAAGCAAGAGAGCUGGUGGAAAACUACAGCCAGGAAUACUAUGACCUUAUAACUGAUGUUGAAGGAAAAGGAAAACAGAAGGUCAUGGAGCUGUCAUCUGCUGCUCAGGAAAAAAUCCGAUAUUGGUCUGCAGCUGCUAAGAGGAAAAUCAAUGAAUAUAACAAGCAAGUCAAAGAAAAACUCCAGGAGAUCUAUGGGCAGCUUAGUCAUUCAUAUAUAGCUGUUCGUCAAGGAGAGCUUAGAAUAGAUGUGCCCAAGCCAUUUGACUGGCAGUCCAUAUACCAAAUGCCCCAAAAAAGCAGAGAAGCCCUCGGAAAAAAAGUGGAACUAACACUCACGCUGAUUCAGCAAGGCAUUGAGCAAGGCUCAAGGAAGUGGGAAGAAAUGCAAAGAUUCAUUGACGAACAACUUGCCACUGAGCAACUGAGCCUUCAGCAGAUUAUGGAAAAUAUACAGCAGCGCAUGAAGACCUGAAUGGACAUGCAGAAGAGGAGAAGUUCUAAGUU